AUGCUGGUCGCGGACCGCCCCAUUCGCGGUGCAGGGCUGCGAUGCCUGUAUGUUCUGGUUUCACUAAAACCAAAGUACAACGACUGGAAACGGGGCUGCAAACAUCGACCGCUGGCUCUUUUCUGCGUGCCCUGUGACCCUGACAUGGCAAAAGGAAAGCGGGAUGUGCUAAGAACCGAACAAAAACAAGACGACGCCGUUCAGCACAAAGUUGGCUCCACCCGGAACGAGACAAAGGAGAAUUCUCCAGUUUCUAAUAAGGGAUCUCUGCACAAAGCCCCCUCCAUCCUCCAGAUCCUGCAGAGUCCAGUCAGAGCCCGUGUCCCCCUGGGCCCGUCCAACAUGCUGAUCCAAGAAACCAACGAGGCCGACCCAACCAGCUCCGACAUGAAGAUCAAAAAAGACAUACCUCCAGAGAAAUGUGACGCCAAGGAGCAAAAGGCCCAGACCUGUGCCGAGGUGGGAGAGAAGACCACUGCCGGCGAGCUCAAAGAGUCUGCAGGCCAAACCAAAACCACCACCACCACCACCACCAAGGACAACAAGGCACCAGCACCGAAGAACCGCAGUCGGGCUGGGCACAAGAAAAGUGAAAAUAAAGCCCCCCAGAAUAAGAAGGUGACGGACUACUUUCCCAUCAGAAGAAGCAACAGAAAAACAAAAGCAGAGCUGAAGAGUGAAGAACACAAGCACCUGGACGAUCUCAUCAAGAAUGGUGUGGAGGAGGGAAUGGUGGUGAAUGAGAUCGAGGGGAAGGGAAGAGGGGUGUUUGCCGCGACUGGUUUUAAAAAGGGUGAUUUUGUGGUGGAAUAUUACGGAGACCUUCUGGAGCUGUCUGAGGCCAAAGCCCGAGAGGCGGAGUACGGCCUGGACCCCUCCACCGGCUGCUACAUGUACUACUUCCAGUAUCAGACCAAGACCUACUGUGUGGACGCCACCAGAGAAAGUGGGCGUAUGGGCCGCCUCAUCAACCACAGUAAGAGCGGCAACUGUCAGACGCGACUCCACCCCAUCGACGGCACGCCUCACCUCAUCCUGGUGGCUUCACGGGACAUCGCCGCAGACGAGGAGCUGCUGUACGACUACGGCGACCGCAGUAAAGAGUCCAUCUCCGCUCACCCCUGGCUGAAGUACUGA